CAUUAUCUUUGUUGCUUAAAGCUUUCCCUCCUCCCUUAUCCUCACUCCCUCUCUCUCUCUCUCUCUCUCUCUCUCUCUCUCCACCUUCUUGCCUGUGCUAACUCAGUUCAAGACAAAUGUGAAAACAAUCCAACAGACACACAGAGGGGGGGAGAGAGAGAGAGACUCCAUUGAAGGGCAAACCAGAAGCUCAAGAAGAGAUUUUCGGAGAGACCCACAAGAAAACUUUUAAUCAGGGGGCUCACACAAAGGUCGACAGAGGAGAAGUGAGAGACAUUGAACUUUGCUUUACUUACUUCUUGAUGUAUUGCCAUGGAAGGAGGCGAUCGUCAUGAUCAUCAACACCACCAUCACCACCACCAUCUCCAGAGACCCAACUUCCCAUUCCAAUUGCUAGACAAGAAGCUCGAGGAAGAAGCAUGCUCGAGCUCCGGCAACAACUAUCCCUCCCUUGCGAUAUCUGCACCCAACCCGAGCCCUAGUAGUAAUAACAACAACACCAACAACGGUAACCGGCCCAGCACGAGUCUCCAAGUUCAGCCAGCCCCAGACCAGUCCAAGAAGCCGCCCCCGAAGCGGACAUCCACCAAGGACCGCCACACGAAGGUUGAAGGGCGGGGCAGGAGGAUCCGGAUGCCUGCACUUUGUGCUGCCCGGGUGUUCCAGCUAACAAGGGAGCUAGGGCACAAGUCCGAUGGCGAGACAAUCGAGUGGCUUCUCCAGCAGGCAGAGCCUGCCGUGAUCGCCGCUACGGGAACGGGCACCAUCCCCGCGAACUUCACCUCCCUAAACAUAUCACUUAGGAGCUCCGGGUCCAGUAUGUCAGUAGGGUCCCACUUGAGGUCCAACCCUGCGUACUUCAGCAACAACCCCAGCUUCUCAAUGGCCCAGAGGAGUCGUCUCUUCCCCGGCAUCGGACUAUCAACCGAGCCCACCCCGACGCUGCUGAAUUUUCAGUCAGGCAAUCUGUCAAACAUGUUACAAGCGAAGCCGGAGAGCACCUCGCUGGAGCUAUCGGACGCUGAUCAGGAGAGCGUGACCCGGAAGCGGCGGUCGGAGCAGGACCUAACGCAGCAUCAACACGGCAGUUACCUCGUCCAAUCCACCGCCGGGGCCCUUCCGGCCAGCCAAAUCCCGGCGAAUUUCUGGAUGUUGGCGAACCCGAACAACCCUCAGGUCAUGAGCGGGGACCCAAUUUGGACAUUCCCUCAGGUCAACAACAUCAACAGCGGGCUGUACAGAGGGGCGGCCUCGAGCGGGUUACAUUUCAUGAACUUCCCGGCACCGGUUGCGCUGCUUCCAAGCCAGCAAUUGGGGUCUAGCGGCGGCAGCGGCGGAGGGUUGGGUGCCGAGGGAGGACAACUGAGCAUGAUUGCGGGCUUAAACCCCUACCGGCAGUCGGCGGGUGGGGGAGUCUCGGAGUCCCAAGCGAGCGGGUCGCAGUCCCAUCACGGCGGUGGCGGCGGAGGGGAUGACCGGCACGAUGCGGCGAGCCACCACUCGUAGAGGAGAGCGUAAACGUAUUGUUAUACCGCCGACAACGACGAUGUCUCGUGUAGUUUGAAUGUGUACACACGUGAGAUUGAAAUUUUCCUUAAAUUUGAUUGAGCUUUUUCAUCUUUUUUUUUAAAUUUUAUUCUCUCUUUUUACCAUUUUCAAUUUUAAUUUCAAUUUUUUUGUGUGAUUAAUUAAUAUGGGAUUUUUUUUGCCUA